UCUCGGAAGGUCGGUCACCACGUCGGACGGUCAUCGUGUCUCCCAGCAAGGAUGGGAAUGAUGACUCGCUGUAUGGGCACCCCCAGGACCCCUCUGACUUUCUAUGGAUCAUGACGGAGGAGCCGCAUAGGAGUAGGAGGAUGGCGAUUAUGAAAGCCCACCCUGAAGUCACGAAGCUCAUGGGUCAUGAACCGCUCACUAAGUGGGUUGUUCUCGGUGUAGUACUGACGCAGUUGGCCUGUGCUUUGUGGCUUCGCCAUACACGUCCCCUCUCUCCGCUCUUUCUCAUUAUCGCGUACUCGGUUGGAGGCACCCUCAACCACAACCUCUUCUUGGCCAUUCACGAAAUCACGCACAACUUGGCAUUCAAGGGCAUUGGCGCAAACAAAGCUCUGGCUAUCUUUGCCAAUCUUCCCAUCGGCAUCCCUUAUUGUGCCAUGUUCAAGAAAUACCAUCUCGAACAUCACAAACAGCUGGGAGAAGAUGGGAUUGACACGGAUCUGCCGACCCAUCUAGAGCUACUUGUCCUGAACAACGUGUUGGGCAAGGUGUUCUUCGCGACCUUUCAGAUAUUGUUCUACGCUCUCCGUCCAGGUUUCGUGAAGGCGCAACGACUAACAAAGUGGCACUAUUACAACAUCGUGGCUCAGCUCAUGUUCGACGCCCUUCUAGUCAAGACCCUCGGCAUCAAGCCCCUCCUCUACCUUCUCUUCUCGAGCUUCUUUGCUGGCAGCUUACAUCCCUGUGCGGGACACUUUAUUGCCGAGCACUACCUCUGGGAUGGUUUAGAACAAGAGACGUACUCUUACUACGGACCGUUAAAUACUCUGGCUUAUAACGUUGGAUACCACAAUGAGCACCACGACUUCCCAUCAGUCUCCUGGACGCGUCUUCCCGCGCUGCGCGCACUCGCACCCGAGUUCUACGACACGAUUCCCUCGCAUCCGUCCUGGCCGAUGAUCAUCGUGAACUUUAUUCGCGACCCCAAUGUCGGCAUCUUCUCGCGCGUGAAGCGCCUCAGUAAGCAGGCGCGCGCUGACGCCGAGGCAAAGCAUAAAGCUACGGACGCGAAAGAUGCGUCAGAAGGCAGCGUUGCAAGCUCGGACGAUUCAGACGACGCUGCUGAAGAGAAGAAGUAGAG